GACACCGUCUCCCACGUUUUGAGGACUAAGGCAUGGUUAGGCCUCGGGGAGCCUAGUUUUUCUUUUGCCAAAUUCCCAGUGCGUUGUCCCCAGUCCCAAAUCCCAAUACCGUGGUGCCUCGCCGGAAUCCUUCUCCCACGUGCCACCGCUGCGGGGCCCACCCUCCUUCCAGUCUUUCUAUAUAAAGUCUCUUGUCAGACUACAGGCCUUCGAUCCCUCGGCUUGCUUACGACUCUCCGGCGAGUUUCCCAUCAUUUUCCGCCACCGGCCAUAUCUCAAUCUUCUGCUUGACCGCUAUGCCGAUAACAACUGUCAAAGUCAGCAAUGUUUCCUUAGGGGCAACUGAGCAGGACAUCAAAGAAUUCUUUUCUUUUUCUGGUGACAUUGAAUGUGUUGAAAUGCAAAGUGAUAAUGAGAGGUCUCAAAUUGCAUAUGUUACCUUCAAGGAUAUGCAAGGAGCAGAGACUGCUACUCUUCUUUCGGGAGCAACAAUUGUGGAUAUGUCUGUGACCAUAACUCCUGCUCCAGACUACCAGCUCCCGCCUGCUGCUGCUUCAGCACCACCUCUUCCAAAGGAAAAUAAAACUCCAGGUCGUGCUGAAUCUGCUUUUCGAAAGACAGAAGAUGUUGUCAGUGGAAUGCUUGCUAAAGGCUAUAUCUUAGGCAAAGAUGCAGUUAAUAAAGCAAAAUCCUUUGACGAGAAGCAUCAAUUGACUUCCACAGCCACGUCUAAAGUUGCUUCCUUUGACAAAAAAAUCGGUUUCACUGAGAAGAUAAGUGCUGGUACUUCUGUUGUGAAUGAAAAAGUUCGAGAAGUUGAUCACAAAUUUCAAGUUUCCGAGAAAACCAAGUCAGCAUUUGCGGCUGCUGAGCAAAAAGUCAGUAGUGCUGGAUCUGCCAUAAUGAAAAACCGAUAUGUAUUUACCGGAGCUUCAUGGGUAACAGGCGCUUUCAAUAAGGUUGCUAAGGCAGCUGAGGAAGUGGGCCAGAAGGCAAAAGAGAAGGUGGGAAAGUCUGAAGAUGAACAGAAAAGAAGAGUAGUGGAGGACUUUGCCCAGGUUCAUCUAUCUGAUUCUCCAAAAGCUUCUGCUUCCAAUGAGCAGCAUCCUUACAAGCCUGCUCCUCCACAAGGUUUGAUUCUCUAAUUCGCUUCAGUAAAUAUCUUUGUCCAAACUUUUGGAAUUCAUUUUCUCUUGAUUAAUUGCACUGUUCUUUUUGUAUGGAAGUGGCAAAUGUAGAAUAUAAUGUCCCUUAUUGUUGGAUAUGGUUGCACUUUAUAUCAACUUUUCUUUUGUUGAAAUGGCAAUGAAUUGAACAUUCAUGAUAUUA